AUGGAAACAACUGACAGUAAUCUGAAUGGCUGGCUGGGUGUCCUCUUAUCGUCGUCAGCUUGUGUCGCUGGAGCUUCCAUCGUAUUUGUGGACAAGUUUUGUCGCAUAUCCUUGCUAGAUAAUAGAGCCUUUAUGGCAUCCUCUAUGUCACUUGCCUCGGGUGUUUUGCUUUUCUCGUCACUAUCGAUCCUGUUCCCACAAGCGCAAAAGAGAUUAGACAACGAUGCCUUGCUGUAUUCAUGCUAUUUCGGCGGUGCUACCUUUACACUUUUUCUGACAAAGCUCAUCCAUCAUUUGAUGCCGGACGCCAUUCAUGCUUGUGGCGAUGCAUCUGAGAGCUGCCAUCAUGCAGAAGAUAACCAUGGUCACCACCAUGAUCACCAUGUCUCACCACAAGAAAGACGCAAAUUGAAUGAUCAUCCAUGCGACGUCGAAUACGGUACAAUCCGCUCCAGUGAAUCUCAUUUUCGAUUUCAUCAUGAUGAUCUUGUCCAUAGCAACGGACCCUUAAAUCAUAGAGACCACCAAGGCGAUGACACGGUCAGUGAAUGUCCUAGCACUCAGCAUCACAAUCAUCACGAAUCAGUGGAGCAAACUGUCAGCAAUGAUCCUGGACACUACUAUAGCAUUGGAAUCCAGACUGCUAUUGCCAUUUGUGUUCAUAAAUUUCCUGAGGGUCUUAUUAUGUUUGUGUCUAGCAAAGCCUCUGCUGCGCUUGGUUUGAGCGUUGGUAUCGCCAUGUCGAUUCAUAAUUUGACUGAAGGUUUCAUGAUUGCUUUGCCCUUGUAUUACGCUACACGAUCACGUACUACUGCUUUCACCUAUGCUGCCAUUAUGGGUGGAUUCUCUCAGCCAUUAGGUGCACUCAUUGGGUUAUUCUUGAUUCAAAACAUCUCUAAACAAAGCGAAAAUCUUUUGUUUGGUAUUGUAUUUGGUUGUGUAAGCGGAAUGAUGUCCCUUAUAACCAUUCAGAGCAUGUUGCCACAAGCAAUCAGGGCUGAUUCUCACCAACAUUAUGUGCUCAUGUUUUUCUUUUUGGGAAUAUUCUUGGUGGGCCUUUCUUCAGUACUUGAAGCCCUGUAA